AUGAAUUUGAGAAAAAGUUGCUGGGUGAUGGAUGAUAUUGGAGCUUUAGAAAAUGUGAAGGACACCUUGAAGGAAUUGGUCAUGCUUCCUCUUAAAAGGCCUGAACUGUUUUAUAAAGGACAAUUAACUAAGCCAUGUAAGGGAUUAUUGCUUUUCAGGCCCUAUGGUACAGGAAGAACAAUGCUCGCAAAGGCUGUAGCAACUGAAGCUGGAGCGAAUUUUAUAAACAUUUCAAUGUCCAACAUUACUUCCAAGGUUGGUAGUAUGUUAGGGAGAUAUGAAAUCCCCGGUGGGUCUUUUGAUCUUGAUGGAGAAUAUACUGUAGACUGA